AUGGUGCUUUUCAACAAAACUAGCAUUGAAAUGUUUGGAGUCGAUGAUGGUGGAAUCAUGAUGCUUUCGAUAGCCAGCUGGACAAAUCUGACGGGGAUGGCGUUUUCCAUUUUUGGUGUUUUGCCAUUAGUGGAUUAUUUGGGACGAAGACCGAUCUGCAUUUACAUAAAGGUAGCACUUGCCACUGCCGGUACAACACUUUGUGUCUUGGCAUGGUUACUACAAAACGGCGUAUUCUAUCUGCUAGCCGUUGCAUUCUUCGCAGCACCGUAUGCCGUUUUUGCCCUCGGCGAUAUCAUUUUCCUCUGCGAAAUCCACAAGGACCAUCCGGAGCAUAAAGGAGCCUUUGCUAUGCUUUCUCUUGCCUUAUUGCCACUUUCUGUCCUAAUCGCCACCACCCUGGCCAGGGAAGACGUUUGGGGCACCCCAGAUAAAUGGAUUUACAUCCCGCUCCUAGCGCAGCUAGGCGCCUUGAUUAACCCUCCUCUUAUGAUCCUCUUCAAUCAAACCAGUAGCGAAUUGUUUGGGAUUAACGACGGGGGUAUUCUAAUGCUUUCCGCUUCAAGUUGGACGUUGUUUGCCGGCCAGGGCUUUUCCAUUAUUGUCCUACUGCCGUUGAUGGAUUAUUUGGGAAGAAGAGCUAUUUGCGUUUAUGUCAAGUUCGGCUUGGCGUCUCUCGGUACGAUUUUCUACCUCUUGGCCUGGUCAACGCAGAACGGGCUAUUUUACCUUAUCGGCGCUGCCCUGAUCGCGGCGACAUAUGCUAUUUAUGGGCUUGGAGAUGUCAUAUUUUUGUGUGAAAUGGCACCGCCGGAGCAUAAAGGAACCUUCACGAUGCUUUCUCUAUCCUCCGUCCAAGUCUUUGCUCAAAUCGUCACUUGCUCGUCAACCUACUCACUCCAU